AUGUUUUAAUAGGAUCGGCCAGCAAAGUAUGAGUUGGAAAUAAAUUUGCACAAUAAAAUAGGCUGGAAAGUCAAUGAUAAAGGGAUAUUACAGGCUUUAGGUCUCAAAUAUUAAAAUUCUUGGAAAUGGUUUUAUGGGUAACCUUCGGAUUUGUUACAAAUAAAAGCCAUUCUAAAUAAUCGAAUAUUUUUUCAUAGCAUUUCUAGUUUCUAUGCAUCUAAUGAAUAAAUAGGAUCAGGAGCCUCAUGCAAAGUUCUUUUGAUAACAGAUAUAUAAACAAAAAAAAAAUACGCAGCUAAAUGCAUAAGCAAAGAAUAUGUAACAAAGAAAAAAACACCUGAUAGACUAAAUAGAUUAUUCAAUGAAAUACAUAUUUUGAGAUCUAUCCUGAAUCAUAGAAAUAUUGUUUAGUUGAUUGAUGUUUUCGAAGGAGAAUAAACAUAUUAUCUUGUUUUUGAAUAUUUAGAAGGUGAAACUUUACAUAAAUUUUAAAAAUUAUAAACUGAUCUCAUUCCAGAUAUUUCAAUACGGAUUAUAUUGCUGUAACUUUUAAAUGGUAUCAAUUCAUUUCAUUCUGAAAAUUAUAUCCAUCGAGACAUCAAAUUAGAAAAUAUUGUUUUUUGUAAGCCCAAUGUCAUAGGUUCCCUAAAACUAAUAGAUUUUGGAUUGGCAAUUUCGAAUAUUCAAUCUGUUUCAUUUGCUGUUUGUGGAACACCAGGGUAUAUAGCUCCUGAGAUAUUUUAAUAUGAUGAGAGCAAACAAGGUUAGAAAUUUAGAUUUACUUCUAAAGUAGACAUGUUUGGCAUCGGAGUCAUUCUUUAUCGAUUGUAUUAUUAUUUUAAUCCUUUUAGAAUGAAUAGACAACCACUGUUUGAAUCUGAAAAAACCAAAGAUUUGCUAUAAUUGAAUAAAAAAUGCUAUAUUAACAAAACUUAUCAUAAUUUUUAUAGCAAUGCCCUUAAUCAAAUUUUGUUUGGUCUUUUAGAAGUGAAUCCAAAUAAACGUUUGUCAUCAGAGGAGGCUAUUCAAUUACUUUCUUAAUAAUAAUUAGGGAAAUAAAUAGGAGGAUCGUUCGCCACUACAAAAAGUCAUCAAAAUGACAUUGAUGAAUUUGAGGUAGAAUAAACCAUAGAUCAUGCAAAUUAACCUUAUCCAUUUUCAGCUAAAAUUCUAAAACAAGAACUAGAAAAUAGUUAUCAUUAAAAUGAUGAUAAUAGAUUUAUCACUUCCCUACAAAAGUCAUACUUUCCAUCUUUUAGCUUGGCCUUAAGUUAAGAAAUGUUUGAUAGUUCAACUUAAUAAAUCUCAAUGCGAAAUGGAUUAUUUGAAGAUGAGAUAAUUGAAUCAGAUACACAUUAAAAUUAAAAGUAAAAGUGA